UUGAAAAAUGAUUUCGCCCUCUCCGUACCUGCGCAAAACUGACAAUAGCUCUGUUCAAGCACAGCCAGCAAUAGAGCAAUUUGCAGAUCGUGUUAACUGCCAAGCUCUGCAAGAAAUAGUGAGCAAAGAAUCGGGUUUUCUUCGGCGAAUAAUAUGGCUGGCGUUUUUCUUAGGUGGUUUAAUACUGAUGGGAUUCCAGAUUUACGAACGUUCAAUUUUUUACUCCUCGCGACCUGUUCGUGUCAACACAUACACUGUCAUUCCGCGUUCCGUAAAAUUUCCAGCAGUCACCCUAUGCAACUAUAACGCUAUUUCGAAGUUUACAGCAAGAAACAUGGGGCAACUGGAAGCGUUUGAGAGAUAUUUCCCACUUAGUCUUGGCGAUCAAAAUUUUGAUGGUUUGAACAACAGCAGAUUCGAAUGGGACUCGGUUCUGAAUAACACAGAAACAUUUCUUCAAAAGUGUAUAUGGCGCGGAACAAAGUGCAGUAUGGAUAACUUCAGCCGUAUCUAUACGGAUAUGGGAGUCUGUUAUUCUUUUAAUCACGAAGUAAGAGAUAAGAAACGGUUGGAGAGCGACAGCAGUGGUAGUCUCUUCGGGCUCCAGUUGACGUUGGAUGUCCAACAGGCCGACUAUUUCAGGGGCUUUGCAGGAAAAGGAGCUGGUUUUAAGGUGAUGGUCCACGAUCCUCGAGAACCGCCGUUGAUUACUGAUAUGGGAUUCUCAGUGGGCGCCGGAAUGCAUACUUUAGUUGGACUUAAGAUGAUCAACAUUAGUAACCUCGACACGUCACAGUGGGGGAAGUGUAAUAGGGACAUCAAACUGAAACACCACGUCGUCUACUCUCAGUCUGCGUGCCGGCUGGAAUGCCUCUACGAGUACAUGGAAAAGAAAUGUCAGUGCGUUCGAUUUUUAAAGUUUAAAAACCACCAAGGACCUAGAGCGCGUCUCUGUGACCCUGAACAGCUUUUCAACUGCUACACACCGAAUUAUAACUUGUUCAUCCAGGAAAAGGGGCAGUGCAGCCAUACAUGUCCAGUAGCAUGUGAAUCCAUCAAGUACGAAGUCAGUUUGUCUCAAGCACCAGUCGCGGAUUACCACGCCUACAACAGUGCCACCACAACAAAUGAAACGAAAGUCAACAAGUAUAGGAAAAACUUUGUUCAACUCGACAUAUUCUUCCGGGAAAUUUCAUACGAGAGAAGAGAGCAGUACCAAGCCUACAAUGCGUUCACACUAGGAUGUGACAUUGGAGGGGCGCUAGGACUCAUCCUUGGAGCCAGCGUUCUCACGUUAUUUGAAGUGGGGGAUUUUAUUAUCCUCAUGGUUCUGAAAGGUAAAUGGCGACGACAGACGCAGGUGACAUCUGUGUCUGUACAUAAAAAAUAGUGCUCAUAUUCAAUUGUUUCAGAGGCAAGAGUUUGUCAAUAUACGCUCAAACGUCCUUGACUGUUGAUCUUGCAGUUGAUUUGUGCAAAUCGCGCCACUUAGGGGGUCGGUGUUUUCCCCUAUAUAUCCGUCCAUGUCCUUACAUUACCCCUGCCGUUGACAGUAAGACGAUAUCGACCAUGUCUUGUUCACGGAUGCA